AUGAUUGAGGAAAGCUCAAGCUCUAAGGAACACAAUGAUGGAGGGGAAAACACUAAUGACAGUUAUAUGCCUUCAUCACAACCUAACUCACCACAGCAACCGAAAGAUGACAUGGAUAAUGUGGCAACCCACGCUUCCGUUCAAGAAGCUAACUCUGUUGACAACAGCGGCAACAACAACAACAACAACAACAACAACAACAACAACACUCUUUCUGUGCCUAAUCCAUCACACACUAGACGAAAACGUGGCUUGUCUUUGAGAUCACAGUUGUUCAACAAGGCGUUCAACUUGCAUCAAGAGAAAUCAUUACCAGACAAUAUUGAUCAAACAACUACUGCAACCAAACCAUUAGACAACAUUGAACUUCAACCAAUAUCAACUCGUCUACAUACAGCACCGCCUCAAAUUAAUGUAGAUGAAUCACCAGACCCAUUACCAGUAUAUGAGUCAUCAUCUUCCUUUGCCAAUAAAUACGAGCCUUAUAAUGUGUUGGAAUCUCAUUUAACUAAAUCAACCACCCACUUGACCAUAGAUAGCAAACGAUCAAGUAUCAGUUCAUCAUCGUUUUUGUCAAAGCGACAGCGGUUGCACAAUACUUCACAAAAUAGGUUUUGGAGACGACUAAACAAAUUAAAGAAUAAACUUUUGGGUGUUAAAGUUUCGCAAUCAACAGAAUGUGGAAGAAUAAUUCCCCUUUCCGUGAAUCCAAAUGGGGUUAAUGAUUACUACCAAGAUGAAUAUUACUGCCCCAAAUCAAAAUCAUACAUCGAUGAAAGGACUAAUGAUCCUUAUAUCAACAAUCUCAUCACCUCGUCAAAGUACACUGUUUAUUCUUUUCUCCCAAAACAGUUACGAGCACAAUUUUCCAAAAUUGCAAACUGUUAUUUCAUGGUGGUUGCUAUAAUGCAAAUGAUCCCUGGUUGGUCAACUACGGGACAAUAUACCACGAUUAUACCAUUGUGUAUUUUCAUGUCCAUUUCAAUGGCAAGAGAAGGGUUUGACGAUUGGAAGAGACAUGGUCAUGACAAGGAGGAAAAUAGUAAGCUCACUACUGUGAUUAGAGAAGACGAAGAGUUGAGCAAUUUCGAUACCCAUUCCAUCAACACCAUUUUGACUGAAACAAUAUCAGUGGUCCCAGGACGUGUCUCUAAUUCAGCUGCUGGCUUGCCUAGUUUGUCAGCAAACUCUUCCCUAUCUGAUUUGGAAGAUUCGCUCUCUUCUUCUGAAAACUUACUGUUUACCAAUGCUGACGCCAUGCGAAGGUACAAUUUGAAAGAAAUGUCUACAAAGUGGAAAAAUGUCAAAGUUGGAGAUAUUGUUAAAAUUAGCGAAAACGAGUGGUUUCCAGCUGAUGUAAUAUUGAUUGCAACAAGCGGAGACGAUUUACAAGAAGCUUUUGUUGAAACUAUGGCGUUGGAUGGUGAAACGAAUAUGAAGUCGAAAUUCCCACAUCCGGAAAUAUCCAAAAGAGCCCGGACUGCUCCUGGGUUGAAAAAUCUAUACACAUUGAUCACUACUGAAGAUCCCAACAUUGAUUUAUACAACUUUGAGGCGUCAUUUUACAUGAAUGAACAAGUGUAUCCCUUGGGUCCUGAAAAUGUUGUUUAUCGUGGAAGUAUAUUGAGAAACACAGAAUCAGUUCUAGGAAUUGUUGUAUUCACUGGAGAAGAGACAAAAAUUAGAAUGAACAAUAUAAAAAACCCAAGGACCAAAGCGCCAAAGUUGCAAAAGAACAUCAACUAUAUCGUCAUUUUCAUGGUUUUGGUUGUGGUGAUGUUGUCUGCAUUCUCAACAAUGGCACAACGUCUCAAGUAUAAUCAAAACAAAAGCAAGGCUUGGUAUCUUUACGAAGAAGAUGCUGGUGUGGCCGCCACAUUGAUGGGAUUUAUCAUUAUGUACAAUACGUUGAUCCCAUUAUCGCUUUAUGUUACCAUGGAGAUUAUCAAGGUGAUGCAAUUGUGUUUUUUGCAAUUUGAUAUUGAUAUGUACGACCCAAAAACGAAUACUCCAGCUGAUGCCAAGACUGCCACCAUUUUGGAAGAAUUGGGACAAGUGUCAUACAUCUUUAGUGACAAAACAGGUACUCUCACUGAUAACAAAAUGAUAUUCAGAAAGCUUAGUGUUUGUGGUGUGAGUUGGUUACAUGAUUUAGACCUUAUGGUCAGUGAGCGGGAGAAUCCAGGUGACCAAGAUGUGGUCAGUUUGGUGCAAAGACAAAGCAUGCAUAUUCCCAAACUGCCAAGCCAGCAAGGCCAAAAUUGUGCUGGUGCCAACAACGCAAACAACAGAUUUAGCACCACUUCAAUUGUGCGCGAAAGUAUCGAUAUAAGGCAGUCAGGCUUAAGUGCGAAAACAUGGGUUUCCACAGCGCAGCCGCAUAAAGUUCAAGAUACCUUAAACACAUUGCAAUUAAUUAGACAUUUGCAAACGUAUCCACAAACACUAUUUUCACGCAGGGCUAAAUUUUUUCUAUUGUCACUUGCAUUGUGCAAUACUUGUUCCCCAAUCAAGCAAGCGCAAAAGAAAUUCAAAAUCAGUGACUCGUGCUCUUCGUUGGAGGAAAUAUCUGAUAUAGACGAUGAUGCAUCAAUUACUUAUCAAUCUACAUCUCCGGAUGAAAUUGCGUUGGUCCAAGCAGCGAGAGAUUUGGGAUACGUUAUAUUUGAUCGUCAAUCCGACAAAUUAAAAAUUAGGACUUACCCUGAAGGUUUUGAUAAUGAUCCAGUGGUAGAAGAGUAUCAAGUUUUGGAUGUGAUUGAGUUUUCAUCUGCUCGAAAGAGGAUGUCAGUAGUUGUGAAGUUUCCUGAUGGCAGGCUUGCCCUUAUUUGUAAAGGGGCCGAUAAUGUUAUUUUAGAGCACUUGAGGAACUCAAAACUUGCACAAGAGAAGGCUAGGGAUAUAUCUAUACAAUCGACAGAGCGUAAAAUGCAGGAAGCAGAUGUGGUGUUGCAAUCGAGGUUUUCACAAGAUUUGGAGUCAAGAAAAUCUGGGUUUUCCUUAAGACAAAGCUUAAAUUUGGGUGAACCACGGAUGAAUACUAUUGACAAUGCAUUGAUGGGGCUAGAUGAGGAAGAGGAAGAGGAACUAGCAAGUAUUGCCAACCAGGCUAGGAAGUCGUUGCAUCUACAACAAGCUAAAAAGUAUAGUUUGGAAGAUGAAGAUGUCUCCCCCAACGAACAACAAACGAAUACAGGAGGAUUCCACUUACAAUCAAUCCCAAGCGAUAAACUUGUGCUCAAUGACGAAUUUGUAAUUGAGAAAACUUUGGAGCAUAUCGAGGAGUUUUCAAUUGAGGGGUUGCGUACGUUGCUUUAUUCGUUCAAGUGGUUGACCGAAAGGGAGUUUAACGAGUGGCACACUGAAUAUGCUGAUGCUAAAACCUCGUUGAAAGAUCGUGCUCAAUUGGUUGAAGACGUAGGAGGUAAAAUUGAGAUGAACCUUGAAUUGUUGGGCGCAACUGCCAUCGAAGAUAAACUUCAGGAUGGAGUUAGUGAGGCGAUAGUCAAACUCCGUAGAGCUGGGAUAAAAAUGUGGAUGCUUACAGGAGACAAGAGAGAAACCGCAAUCAACAUUGGUUAUUCAUGUCGACUUAUAAAGGAUUACUCCUCUGUAACCAUAUUGUCUAUUGAUGAGGGAAAACAAGCAGUUGCGGAUAAAAUCACAUCAUUUUUGAAAGAUAUACAAGGUGGGAAAAUUGCUCAUAGUGUCCUUGUCAUAGAUGGUGGAACUUUGACGGAAAUUGAAAACGACACUCGAUUGCUGUCUCGAUUCUUUGAGCUUUGUGUUGAGGUCGAUUCGACUGUGUGUUGCAGAGCCUCGCCAAGUCAAAAGGCAAACAUGGUUAGCUCUGUUCGAUCAUUGAGGAAAAGGGCAGUGACUUUGGCUAUAGGAGAUGGUGCAAAUGACAUUGCAAUGAUUCAAAGCGCAGACAUUGGUGUUGGAAUUACUGGAAGAGAAGGUUUACAAGCAGCAAGAUCUGCAGACUAUGCAAUUGCGCAAUUCCGCUUCUUGCUUAAACUUUUGUUGGUGAAUGGGCGCUACAAUUAUGUGAGGACAUCCAAGUUUGUGUUGUGCACAUUUUACAAAGAGCUUUUAUUCUACUUGACUCAAUGCAUUUAUCAAAGAAACACUUUGUUCUCAGGAUCAUCCAUGUACGAGAGUUGGUCGUUGUCCAUGUUCAAUACCUUGUUCACUUCGUUGCCAGUUCUUUGUAUUGGAAUGUUUGAUAAAGACUUGAAACCAGCUACUUUGAUUGCUGUACCCGAGCUUUAUUCCAAAGGACGCUUGUAUCAAGCAUUCAAUCUUCGAGUAUUUCUUUCUUGGAUGAUUUUGGCAACACUUCAGAGUGUCGGGGUCGAGUUUUUGGCAUUGUACAUUUGGGGUUUCACUGGGUUGAGAGAUAACACUACAUUUGCUUUGGGAUCCUUGGUAUUUUCAGUCUUGGUAAUCAUUAUCAAUGCCAAGUGUACCUUGAUGGAAAUGCAAAAUAGACAAUGGCUUGCAUUUGCGUCAUUUAUAAUUUCAGUCGGUGGGUUGGCUGUGUGGAAUGUAUUGAUUAUGUUUCUUUACCGACUGAAAGAAUCCACCAUAUUCUUUGUGUCCUAUGGACUAACGACUUGGGGUUUGGAUCAAAGUUGGUGGGCAGCAUUACUACUUUUGGUGACUGUGCCUUUAUUCUUUGACAUUUUGAUCAAAGUGUUUAAGUUUAUGUUUAGUCCAAGUGAUGACCAAAUCUUCCAAGUAUACGAGAAAGAUAUGAAAUGGAGAAAAUUGUUUGAACAGUCUGCAUACAAGGAGUUAUUUCAGGGCUGGAUGUUUCCUCGUGAUCCAUCAACUACAAAGACCCAUAUUUUCAAACUUUUGAGCAAAAUUGGCAUCCAUAUUGAUUUGAAACCAGACAAAAACAUUGAAUUAGCAGAUAAUGAAGAAGAUGAAAUUUACAGCCAGUCUGCACUCAAUAGGAAGAGAGCAGGUACCAAUCCAAUGGAUCACGAACUUCCUGCUAGUGGCGAUGGUGUUGGUGUCUAUGCCAAUGACCUACAACCACACGAUGUUGUUGAUGCUGAUGGUUAUGAGAUUUUACCCAGUGGGAAGAGAGUAAAGGUCAAAACUCGAAAGGAAAGAAGUUGGUCACUUCCCAAGGCUCUUAGAAUCAAGAAGAGGAAGUCUCUGAUGGAUCUGGAUGAAGAUGUUAAUGCAAUCAUUGACAAUCGGUUGAAAAAUUUGCGUGAUGAGGAAGAAGGUAGACAGCAGGAUUAA